AUGGGGGUGGGUGGGCGCACGUUCGUUCCGGGGUCAGUACCAAUCAGUUCAAGAGAGCGAGGAGGCCAGGCGGUUGUCCAGGUGUGGAUGCAACUGGGUUUCGGUCGCCCGAUCUGGUUCCCUUGCUCGUGUCGUGCCGAGGAAGCUGGGGAUGCUAACGGGCUGGUGGGCUGUGUGUCUCGUGGCCAUGAGGUCGGCUUCUCGGUCAGUUACUGGCUUGUGCGCUUCUCUUCAUCCGGCCUCUGGAUCCAGGCCUUUCAACAGCACUCUUCGCUUAACCUGCCAAAUACACCGACCUUCUGCACCUGUCUUCAUAAUCGCACCGGCCUUGACCGACUCCGCCGGACCGACAGAGGAGACACUCAAAGCACAUACUAA